GUGAAAAGUUAUGUGUUUUGUGUAAACAAAAAUGAUGGGAUCACGAUUUAGAUUUAUAUUAACGAUAUUUUUCGUAUCAACAUAUCUGGUACAAAAAGGUUCAUCUCAAAAUGUCGUAGCUGUUAAGGUACAAAAUCUUUUUAAAAUGCAACAUGGUUUGGGAUGGCCCCACACUCUUCGCGUGGCUCAAGGGAACGAAGCUUUACUUAAACUUGAUAGAACUUUGGAACAGCAAAAUUCUUGUGAAAUCACUCCACCGUCAGGCCUAACUUUUAACAUAAACUCCCCGCCAAGUACUAGAUAUACAAAAUGGACCGACGGAUGCGGAGUGAGAGUACGAAAUGUCACAAUGAAUGAUGAAGGGAGAUGGCGAUUGACUGCCAAUGGUUCAAACAAACUCACAGGUUGGACGGAAUUAUUUGUUGAAGAAUCUAAAACGUCUUACUCCGCGUCUCCAAUAUCUCUUCAGGACGGCCAAACGGAGGCGAAAAUCGAAUUGACUACGUUAGAGAAUUCAUAUUGCCUGGUGAAGAAACCUUUCGCGGAGAGUUCAUUGGUACCUGGACAAUGCAGUGUUACGCUCGAUCGCACGACCAGAGCUAUACAAGGCGUGUGGAAUGUACAGCUGGGUCUGCCCGGUCAAAUUGUCGAGUUGGAGCUACAACGACAAAUUACAGUCGAAACUGAACGCCUGGACGUUGGUUACGUAACAGACAAGAUUGAAAACAAGAUGCAUUUAUACUGUAAUAUUCUUCACACAUCCAAGAACAUCACAUUUUGUCGGUUCCAGAAGUCAUCGGAAAAUAUUGGUUACAAUGUUGUAGAUGGUCUCAGUGAUGGGCGGCACAGCUAUUAUGGAGAAGGUUUUGCAAAGAAGCAUUGUGGUAUAACGAUAGAAAAACCAACAGCUAAAGAUUAUGGCACCUGGCGGUGCUCUGUCGGUGUCCAGAUGUGGGAGGGAACAACGAUAAGAUCCCAACCUCCUAUGCAGGCUCUUGUUAGUGUUGCUCCUGAUACGAGAAGUUCCAGAAUAGCUCGCGAGUUACAGAAUUCUGAGAUGGAAGACAUAAGGACUAUUUUCGUUCAAAAGAAUAUGACAUUCACCAUCAUGUGCCGAGCCAGCAUAUCCCUGUCUUACUGUUGGUUUCAGCACCCGAAUGGAACUCAGUACACUCCCGGCAGACUGGAAACUGAUGACCAAUUGUUCUGGUAUACGGGAGAAAAUCUCCAAGUUGGAGAUUGCGGGAUCAGUUUCGCGCAUGUCACUUCAGAAGAUGCCGGUAAAUGGACUUGUCAUAUGGGUCCUAGAGAACAAUUGGGAGUGGAAAUAAUUGACAGCGUUUUUCUAAGAGUAACCGGACCUCUGGCUGCUAAUAAGAAGGAAGUUGUAGCUAAUAUUGGUGGUUCAGCAACUCUGUUCUGCCACACUGCCAAUGGUAACAGACCCUUGGAAUAUUGUAGAUUCCUAUCGCCAACAUUUGUGGGUAUACGGGUCGACCAGUCGGUGAGUGAAAGUAGUGCAAUAUUAAAUCGUUACUAUUUCACACCAAAUCGGAGUCUUGAUUACGGAGACUGCUCUUUAACUAUAAAUCCUGUUUACGAGGAGGACAUCGGAGAAUGGACUUGUGCCGCUUUGAUAAACGAAGAAAUUUUAGAAUCCCGGGAUCACAUAACUGUCUAUGCUAGUGUUGCAUCUGCACCACAGUUCACAGCUGGUAUUGUUGGUAUGUCAGUAGGUGUGGUUUUAUUGUUGGUGGCUCUCGCUGGAGUAUUGUGGUACCGACGAUAUCGACCAACUUUCCCUUGGAGUAGAACGCGCGCCCCAAGUUCGAUGAAUAACUUCUCAAUGAACACACGCACUUCAAAUGCAAGCUCACUUGAAAGCGAUAGAAGCAAUUAG